UCAUGUCAGUGACUACUUCACGUCAUGUCAGUGUCAAUAUAAUUUAUUAUUUUUCAAAAUGUAGAAAUUUUCAUCAAAAAUAAAACUAAUAAUGCCCUAAUAUGAAAGAUAAUAAAGAAUGGACCCCAGCUGCAUCAUUCUUAGUUGCAUUCUGUUCCUACAAAUGAUCCUGUUGUUGGGUAUGCUAAAUCCUAUUUACGAUGUCCGAGUCGUCAUCCACAAUAUCAACUGUUUCACUAAAUAUUUUAAGAAGUACUACAUAAUAGGAAUUUUCGCUUAUUUUGCUACUAUCAUCUACCAUGGCAUGUACAUUCCUCUUCAGAACAUCAUACGGCUGAUAUUUUCUAAAAACAUUUACGAGGUCGAAAAACUAAUCUUGCUGAGUCGUGUCGAAAAGAACUAUAUAAUUGCUGGGUUCUCUCUGUUCUUAUUGGUCGUAACUUUCGCGGUAAAAGCUUUGCUUUCGUACACGGCAAGUCUGGCUGAAAUAUGCAGAAGGAGCGAACCUUUGGUGCUCUCUCCGGGGUCGAUGAAAGAGAAAAAAAUGAUUUCAAACGAAAACAUACUAGCCAAUUUGCUACGCGUCAAAAGGUCUAUUUCGUAUGAGACUAUUAUGUUUGCGAACGACAUGAGAGAACAAUUUAAGACUAUGAUCAAGAGCAUGGAUACGCCGCAGAGUCAAGAACCCCUUUCUAGCAUCGUGGAGUCUACGAAUGGUUACGUACUAUGAUUGACGUGUAACUUUUCCCAAUAAAACUUAUUGUUUUCCAAUUUAUAUUCUUUCUUGAGCAGUGUUUCUUUGCGAAAAUAUUGGAUAGCGCGACGGCAAGUAUUUGGGAAUUCUUGAGAAUUACACAGGGGCGAUGCGGUGAGAAAUAUAGGAAGAGAGACGAUAAAAAUAAAACUCGACUACACAAGCAAAGGGGAAGAAAAAUGUCGAAUAGGAAUGCCUGGAGUUCGAGAAAAGGGAACGUGUAUACAUUAGAAGCCUGAAAUGUUUUCUGUUGAAUUGACUAUAACAUUAGAUGUGCUUGUAGAGGAACGUACAAUAGAAUGAUUAUUGCAUACAAAUACAAUACAAAGUUACUUUGUACGAAUAUGUAGUUUGGAUAAUGUCUGUUGUGAGCAUUUUACAUUCAAUCUUUUAACGUGAAUUGAAUAUAUCAGGCCAAAUGACUCGUUUCAACAAUUUUAUAUUGUAACAAGUGAAAUAAAUAUUACAAAAGUAAAGUCAGUAAUUUCAAGCAUUUGA